GUUUGGGGGUUGGGACGUCAGGGAAUCGAAAAAUGUCCAGUGAGAAGACGCAUCUGAAAACACUCGGUCAGUUUUGUCCGGUUUGUGCUUUUUGGGGACACUUCAACCUGGAAUAUAACCUGGUCUGAUUUAUUUUGUUCAGACUAUCAAAAAGGUGGCUCUCGCAUUGCCUGCAAGCAAAUUUCAGGAGGUGAAAGGACCAGAUACAGUGAAACUAGUGUCGGCUUCUGCCGAGAAGCUAACAGGAGGAGCAGAUUUUCAUUAACCACACUUAUUUUUAUAGAAGAAACCAUGACUUUCUCCACUUAGUUGAUUUCACCAUGCAGCCACCAGCUAUGAUUCAUUUGUACGCACAUAGUAGUCCCACUUAAGUAGUCGCUGUGUUGAACUCGUCCCUCGGCUGACACUUCAAAAGAAGUGGUGCGAGCCUCAUCCUAGUCUAGUAUGAGUUAUGACAUCUCUCAAUCAGCGGCCAGUAGCAACGCCCGAGGGCGGGUGCAGAGGGCUACCGAGAAAGAUGACGAGGACCGGGAGGCCGAUUCGAAGUCUGCAAAAAGCACUGUUGCCAAUGUCCCCGCUCCAGAGCAGGGAAACAGGGGUGGGUCGUCCCCCAGUGAAGGUUCUGGAGCUGGCGAUCAGAGGGGGCCCAACUCUGACGACAUGGACGGACUCUCCAGCGGGAACGACUCUGGCGAGAGGGAGAGCGAGGGCGGCACGGAGAGGGAGACGGGCUCCCGGGGACGCCAGUCCACACGCAGCUCACACAGUUCAUCCAAUGGAAAGGACUCCGGCAUGAUGCUGGAAACCACGGAGAGUCAAAAGAGCUCCAACUCGCAAAGCCUGUCACCUCCAAGUGGCUCCCUGGCCUACAGCCUGCUGUCUACCAGCUCCGAACACGAUCCGCCCUCCACCUCUGGUUGCAGUAGCAACCAGUCGGCAAGAGUGCAGACCCAGAAGGAGCUCAUGAAGGCCAUCAAGGAGCUAAAGCUCCGUUUGCCAGCUGAGCGCAAGUCCAAGGGCCACUCCAGCACCCUGAAUGCGCUUAAAUACGCCCUGCAGUGUGUCAGACAAGUCCGAGCCAACAAGGAGUACUAUCACCAGUGGAGUGUGGAAGAGUGUCACGGUUGUAGCCUCGACUUGUCCGCCUUCACAAUCGAGGAGCUGGACAACAUCACUUCAGAAUACACCCUGAAGAACACAGACACAUUCUCAAUGGCGGUAUCAUUCCUGUCUGGGAAGGUGGUGUACGUGUCACCUCAGGGAUCGUCAGUGUUGCGCUGCAAGCCAGAGUGUCUCCAGGGCACGAUGUUUUCGGAACUUUUGGCUCCGCAAGACAUCAGCACUUUCUACAGUGGCACGGCGCCGUGCCGACUGCCACUGUGGGCCUCCUGCAUCGGAUCUGCCUCUCCAGCUCUGGACUGCACUCAGGAGAAGUCCAUGUUCUGUAGAAUCAGUGCCAACCGGACGCAAGGUGGCGAGAUGCGCUAUUAUCCUUUUCGCCUGACGCCCUACCAGCUCACCAUCAGAGAUUCGGAUACCGCUGAGCCACAACCCUGUUGCCUGCUCAUCGCAGAAAGGGUCCACUCUGGCUACGAGGCACCUCGGAUCCCUCCAGACAAGAGGAUCUUCACAACCAGUCACACUCCCAGCUGCCUCUUCCAGGAAGUAGAUGAGAGGGCGGUACCUUUGUUGGGAUACCUGCCACAGGACUUGGUGGGAACCCCAACCCUGCUCUACAUCCACCCCGAAGACAGACCUACUCUGGUGGCCAUACAUGAGAAAAUAUUUCAGUUUGCCGGCCAGCCGUUUGAGUAUUCACCGUUGAGGAUGUGCGCCCGCAGCGGGGAAUACUUAACCAUCGACACCAGCUGGUCUUCCUUUGUCAAUCCUUGGAGUCGCAAAGUGGCCUUCAUCGUAGGGCGCCACAAAGUCAGAACGAGCCCGCUGAACGAAGACGUGUUCACAGCGCAGGGUUGCGAAGGUCGCGCCACCACACCCGACGUAGUGCAGCUCAGCGAGCAGAUCCACCGUCUUCUGGUGCAGCCGGUGCACAGUGGCGGUUCUCAGGGAUACAGCUCAUUGGGUUCCAGCGGGUCACGGGGCUCGCACCACUCCCACCCGCAGCAUCUCAGUGCCUCGGCCACAUCCUCCAGUGAGAGCAACGGACCCGCCAUGGAUGAAGCCGUUGCUGCAGUUGCUUUGCACAAACCUAUGACCUUCCAACAGAUCUGCAAAGAUGUUCACAUGGUCAAGACGAACGGCCAGCAGGUCUUCAUCGAGUCUCGGAACAGGCUGCCACCUAGAAAAAACGCCGGCACGGUUGCCACAAACAACCUCAGAGCAAUCAACCAAGACCCCGUUAGAGGCCUCAUCUCUGACAUGACCAAAGCACCAAAGGAUCUGCUGCCUACACCGCUUGUACAAAAAGAGUCCCCGCCUGGAUAUUCCUACCAGCAGAUCAACUGUCUAGACAGUAUUAUAAGAUACCUGGAGAGCUGUAACAUCCCUAAUACAAUCAAAAGGAAGUGUGGCUCCUCCUCCGGCACAUCAGCUUCUGAUGACGACAAACAGCUGGAGGCGGGCGGAAAUGCUAAAGGUGCGGCAGUUAGCCUGGUAGGCGAAGCCCCUCCUUUGCCCCCACUGACGUUGGCCAUGAAGGCAGAGAGUGUGGCCUCGGUCACGUCCCAGUGUAGCUUCAGUAGCACCAUAGUGCAUGUGGGAGACAAGAAACCGCCUGAAUCAGAUAUCGUGAUGGAGGAGGCCCCAACAACUCCAACACAUGCUCCUCCUAUCCUCACUCCAAUUGCACCCUCUAGUGGCCCACCUACGAUCUGUACUCCCCCUCCUCCUCCUCCUCCUCCCCCUCCUCCUCCCAUUGCACCGCCACCUCAACCGUCUCAAGCCCCGCAGACCACUCAGCCAGAAAGGGACAGCCGGCAUGGCGUGGGUGGCGCAGGAUUGGCAGGUGGGGGCGGCCGGCUGGGCCUGACGAAGGAGGUGCUGUCAGCGCACACGCAGCAGGAGGAGCAGGCCUUCCUCGACCGAUUCAAGGACCUCAGCAAAUUGCGCGUCUUCGAUCAGACGGCGUCUUCGACCGUGCGCUGUCACACGCCUACUGCCAACCCUCUAGCACGAGGGGUGCGUUGUUCUCGGGACUACCCAGCCGCAGGGGGAGGCUCCAGUCACAGACGCGGCCGUGGCGGGAAGAGACUCAAGCACCAGGAGUCAUCCGACCAGCACAGCUCUCUCGGGAUGCACAGAGACCCCCGAAACAGAUCGACUGUCGGGCCUCUCGACGUGCCGCCGGGAGCCCCGACAACCUCCUCCUCCUGGCCGUCGGUUUGCUCUCAGCCCAACAUUCCCUCGACCCCGUUCGCACCUGGAAUGGUUCCAUUCUACCCGGUCUACCCUCCGCUCCCUCAGCCCUUAACUGUCCCGGAUCCGUCGCGUUUCCCUCCGACUCAGAUGGUUCCCCCCAUGAUGGCCUUGGUUCUCCCCAACUACAUGUUUCCUCCUAUGGGGGCGGCUAUAACUCAGCAAGGCUCCGCCCCCUUACAGUUCUUCAGCCAAAACUUUAACUAUCCCAGCGCAACCCCGGCCCCGGUUCCAGUUUGCAACCCGGUGUCCAUUCCUGGAACGGGUGCGGCAUCUCGUAGCAGCACCCCACAAUCUUACACUCAGACCCCCGCUGACCGUGAGGGUGCAGACUCACCCCUCUUCCAGUCUCGAUGCUCCUCCCCCCUCAAUUUGUUGCAGCUGGAGGAGUCGCCCAGCAAUCGGUUAGAGGGCGCUACUUUGCUGGCGGGGUCACAGCAAGCUACGCCCUCUGUGCAAGGCGGGACGGCUGGGGUCCAGAGUUCAACCAAUCAAAGGAACUCUGAUGACAAUGCUAAGGACAAUGAGAAUGGGGAAGCUAAUGAGUCCAACAACGACGCCAUGUCGACUUCAAGCGACCUUCUGGACCUACUGCUCCAGGAAGACUCGCGUUCGGGAACCGGUUCUGCCGCUUCUGGAUCAGGCUCAUCGGGCACGAGGUCCUCAGGUUCUGGCUCCGGCUCCAACGGAUGCUGCUCCUCUGGCACCAGCGGCACCAGUAGCAGCCAGGGCAGCCACACCAGCAAAUAUUUUGGCAGCAUCGACUCUUUAGAGAACGACCAUGCCCGCAAGCAGCCAGCAGGGAGCGGCGGGGGCGACGGUGGCGAGGAGCAAUUUAUCAAGUGUGUCCUGCAGGACCCCAUUUGGCUGCUGAUGGCCAACACUGACGACAAGGUCAUGAUGACCUACCAGCUGCCGAUUAGGGACAUGGAGGCGGUGCUGCGUGAAGAUCGCGAGGCGCUUAGGAGCAUGCAGAAGCAUCAGCCUCGCUUCACCGAGGAACAGAAGAGGGAGCUGAGUCAGGUGCACCCCUGGGUGCGCACGGGACGCCUUCCCAGAGCCAUCAACAUCUCCGGCUGUGCGGGCUGUAAGUCUCCCAACUCGGUAUCCCACGCCACCCCGUUUGACGUGGAGAUCCACGAAAUGGAGCUUUGCCCCAUGCUGAAGACACAAAAAGCCGGAACCGCCAAAGUCAAGAAAAGCCCAUCUGAUCCUCACGAGGAAGAGGACGAGGAGGAGGAGGAGGACGACGAGGGUGAAGAGGACGAAGACAAAACAGGAGAAAGCAACCAAGUGGCCAACGCAGCCCAACUCGGAACGGCGGCGGAGGAUGACGCACGGCCGAUAUGAAUCUCUAAAUCCGCGGCCAAAGCUUAUCACUUUAUAACUUGACAUCGUCAACCAGACAGUCGCCAUGUUUGAGCGCUGAAGUUAUCGUGACUCAUUCCUGUCCGUUAUGUGAAUGUUGUACGCCGACACGCGAGACGCCACGGGGUCUUCCUCCUGUUGUACAUCAUAUUUAUUGAAGUAGGAAGACCACAAGUGAGGUCCGUGAACGCGUCACAAAAAUGCACCUUUUUCUGUCACGUCUAGCUUCGAAUGUCUCGGCUAAUGACGUCGGGUUGUGUAAAUAACAGAACGUUAAAUGUACAGUACAGCCAGAGGCGGGCUAUUUUGUAAAAAUCUGUAUAUUUUUAUAUGUGCGUUAAGAGCGGACGGACAUUAUUGCAGCAGGCCUCGGUUGGGAAAGAGUUUGAAGUGUUAAAAAAACAAGUUUUCCUCGUCCCUCUUUGUGACACUGUCAUGGUCAUGUGAUCCCCGCGUCUGCAACAGUUGCUGAAUAUUUUUGUGAGAUUCUUUGUACAAAAAAAGACAAUAAAAGUACUUGAAAAGUGUUUGUUUUUUUUCC